CCUCUGAGGCGGAAGAUCACAGAUGCAUCUUUUCGGCAAGACGUUAACCGAGGCCUCCGCUUUUGAAGAGCAGGGAGUUGACAGUCAAAGAAUAAUCCAUGAAAAGUGCGGUGCUUUGGGACCUACAGGUGAUGUGAACGGCGCCAAGUAAAUGCAAGGUAUUCUUGAUUGAUGGUGGCAAGUGGAUGGACUUAAAAAUGAUUUGUGAUGUGACUGGGAACAAGUAAAAGACGGAACUGGAAGACGAUUAGGACUUAAAUGCACAUGGAAGAUUGAGUGCUUUUGUAGCAACCAUCUGGACAGGAAACAAGUCGCUGGGUAGGGUUUUACAGACAAUGGGAGGCAGGGUUGGGGCCGAAGGGGGUGGGGUUGUUCGUUUUCCACGUGGGUCGACUGGUUCCAAACAGUCCCGUUAAAAGUGGCAGCGGUCGGCGCUGGUGCAGAGCUCCGAGGGUGGGCGGUCAGAAGUCACAGGCACCACCGGCGGGAAGAACCGCUUUACUCGGGCAACCUGCAUUCCGGGAGCGGCAGAUCCUUCAGGUCCUGACACCCCAGGGACCAGCAGCGAUUUAUUAACGUGCACAGGCAACAAGGCGAAAUAUCACCCCGAAACUGACAAGGCGAGAAGUCUUUUGUUUUAACGUGGAAACGGGCACUUUCUGAAAAGCCACUUCCGGAGCCUCUCUCUCUCUCUGUCUCUUUCCAUCAACACUGAGUUACGGGAUGUCGCCUUUCCCUCUCAUCCUUUUGACCAUUGAGCUGUUGGGUUUUUCGGCAACUUCCAAGCCCCACCGGUUCGACAGGACUCUGUUUCUGAUAGCUGAGAGCGAUCGAGGGGGUUUGUGCAACAUUGAUUGCUCCCGAGCUCAACAGAAGCCAGUCUGUGGGAGUGACAGGAAGUUCUACAAAUCCCACUGUGCUUUUCAACGAGCAAAAUGCAGGGACCCAACCCUUGAAACCAAGCCUCGGAGCCGGUGCAGUGAAAGGGCCACAGCAAGAUGUCGAGAAGACAGAGCCCAAGCACUUGCACAAACAAGGAGAGCAACAGACUCCAUCAUUGUCCCAGAAUGCAAUGAGGAUGGCUCCUUUGCACAGGUUCAGUGCCAUAAAUUGACAGGCUAUUGCUGGUGUGUCACACCUGACGGCAAACCAAUCAGUGGAUCUUCAGUCCAUAACAGGACUCCAACCUGUUCAGAUUCUACUAAGGACAAAACAUCCCAGCGGGGGCGUGACUCUAGCAGGAUGCAACAAGGAAUAAAGCUUCGACCCACCACAAGGACUCUGAUUCGCAACACAGGUAAAGGUGAAGCACUGGAUCAUCACAAGCAGAGACCUGUUGAGGACAGACACAAAGAUGCACUGCUCAUCUCCAAAAAUCCAGAACUGACAUAUCCAGCCCUAUGGUUUCUAUUCACUAGAGAUGCCAAAUCAAACCGCAGUGCCAAGCUAGACCAGCCAGUGUCAUGUGACCAGGAACGUCGCUCUGCCAUCGAAGAAGCAAAACAGCAUCAGUACGAGGGGGCCUUUGUUCCACAGUGCAGCUCAAAUGGAUUAUACAAACAGGUGCAGUGCCACCAAGCUACUGGAUACUGUUGGUGUGUUCGAGUUGAUUCAGGACAUCCGAUCCAAGGCACAACUGCACGUAACCAGACACCUGAUUGUGGCAGUGCUGGAAGGUCAAAAAUCUCUGAGAUGGCUCCCCUUUUCAGAGAUAGGAAACUCCAAGGUUGUCCUGGUGGAAAGAAGACUGAAUUUGUGGCAGGAUUAUUAAAGUCCCUCAUCAUGGACAUGGACCAGAUUGGUUACCAUCCAACAUGGAGAAGAGUUUCUGAAGGAUCUACUAGUUUCCUGUUGGAGGAUCGUGCUAUUCGCUGGUAUUUUGGGAGACUAGACAAGGACUUCAACAAUGAGAUCUCUGAGAAAGAGUUGAGGCCCUUUAAAGUUUACCUGAGGAAGAAUGCCAAGCCAAAGAAGUGCACAAGAAAGUUUAUAGAAUACUGUGACCUUAACAGCAGCAAGUCCAUUUCACUUCACGAGCUGAAGGGAUGCUUGGGGUUCAUCAAAAGCAGAAGUAGGCCUUUGUUUUAAUGACUUUUUGUCUUCACGUUUAUCAAAGUGAAGAUGUUCGUGCAGAAGUAUGGGGAGUAAGUACAGUAUAGAAGUUAUGUGACUGAAUUAAUAACCCAGAAGUCGAUAUGUUAAUUUGGUGGAUUGGAGUCUACUUUGCUUCUUUGACUAUUGUAACCACCUUCCCAAACUCACCUGUUAACAAAGGAAAUGUCUGGAGAAACUCAGCAGGCCUGGGAGUAUUUGUAGCGAGAAAGCAGAGUUAAAAUUUCGACCCCAGUGACCUUUGUUCUGAACUCAGUUCUAGUGUUAACUCUGCUUUCUCUCUGCAGAUGCUGCCAGACCUGCUGAGUAUCUCCAGCAAUUUCUGUUUUUGUUCUGGAUUUCCAGCAUAUGCAGUUCUUUGGUUUUUUUUGUUCAUCGGUUACCAAGUUUAUCAACUGCAUUAAGAAUAUAUAUUGUAUAUAGACUGGUACAAUGCCUGACUGAACCAAUAUCACUGUCAUAAACUGAGUGUCUAUCGUCAUCUCGAAAUGCUUUUACAAUGAGUGUAUUGGCUGACACAAUAUUCUGGAAGUACCACAGAAACUGUGUAAUGAAUAUCAAGGUCACUACAAUGAAGGUCUGGUUUUGACCAAUUGCUUCAUUUUGUUGAUAGUUAUGGAUCUAUUUUAUUAAUAAAUCUUCUCAGCUA